AUGUCCUCCAUCCCAUCAACUCCACCACCCAACACCAACAAUCCACCCACCUCCCCCUCCACUUCCAUCAACCAACAACUCCAACAACAACACUCCUCCACUCCAGAACCCCCUCCCAACACCACCAACCCAACCCCCGAAACCAACAUCCAAAGCGAAAAAGAGUCCCACGAAGCCAAAACCGCCUUCCUGGCCACCCUCCACUCCGUAGGCCAAAACCACGAGACCCAGAUCCGCGACCGCGCACGCGUGUUACACACCAACGCCCAGGCCCUCUCGAAACAGGAAAACGAGCUGCAGGCCGCGACAGAGGGGUUGCGGAAACAGAAUGAUCAGUGGGCGAAAGUCGCGGAUCAGGCGCGGGAGGGGUUGAAGGAGAUCGGGGAUGUGCAGAAUUGGGCAGAGUUGAUUGAGAGGGAUUUAUUAGUUGUGGAGGAGGCGGUGCGGUUGGCGGAGGAGAAAGAGGAGAGAGUUGAGGAAGAGAGGGAGGGGCGGGGAGAUGGGGAGGGGAAUGGAGGGGUUGUUGGGAAUGGGCAUCUCAGGGAACAGGAAGGAGGUGAAGAUGGAGAUGGGAAGGAUAAGGGGAAAGGGAAGGGGAAAGGGUGGUUUUGGUGGUGA